GAUUUUUAUUUGAUAUAUUCAAACAAAAAUUUAUAAAAUUAAUUUUUCAAAUUGUAUUUGUGUUUGUUAGGUCAUGAUUUUCACUACAAUAUGAUUAAUAUGAUUUAUAAAUUUGUUUGUUGUAUAUUUAAACUAUUUGAAUCUGAUAUAUAGCAGUAUUAAUUACAAAUUUUUUUAAAAAGAACAUUACAAGUCAUGGUUACAAGGAUUACAUUAGUACAAAUUACAUUUAUUUUACGUUGAUAUCAUGCAGUACCAUUGUAAAGCUACUGAAUUAAAUUAGAAUAAUAAGAAUUUCUCUGUAAUUUAAAUAGCAAGACCUUUCUGAAUAAAAAAAUAUCAGUGAAAACAAUCAAUAUUCUAUCAAAAAAAAAUAUCAAUGAAAACAAUCAAUAUUCUAUCAAAUAUUAGAUUUAAAUGCCAUUGCGUGUCAAAUCGCUGCAAGUUUGCUUUUGUUACCUACGUUAACGAACUUCAACAUAUACUCGUGUGUUCGUAUAACCACUUCUGUGACAUGAUAGCAUGACGAUUCGUGACAAUGUAAUUCGCACGUCACACAUUGCGACGGUCUUAUUCCAAAAUGUUCGCGCAUGAUUAUGUGGAGAUCAUCAAAAAGGCUGAUCAUCAAUUGCGUACAAUUCGUCAUUAGAUGCGGCCGCAAUUUCGAUGCAGAUGAUUUGGAUGACAUUUCCGAUUUCGAUGUCCAGGAUGUUCCUAGUAAUGUAGCGAUAAUUACCUCUGUUGCCAUAUUGUAUAAUCCGGAACGGAAACGAUCGAUAUCGCAGACUCGGCGUAGCUUAACGUUACAACGAGACACAGAGGGCUUAAACGGACGGUUCAACGUCCUCGUAGUGCAUUUUCAGCCGCAGACAUUCGGGCUGCCGAGACAACCACGCCAGGACGAUUUCCAGCAUCGACCAGAUGCACCGGGAGCAAGAAGGACUUCACCGCCGGAAGUGGUGACCAAAGUAUUGCAGGCUCUCGAAGAGAUGGGUGAACCUAUAGGACCAUCGACAGCAGAGAAAUUGCGUGGAGGUCCAUCGAAUCCCCUAGGAUACCUGCUGCAUCCGGUAGCAUCGUCAAGGAGAACGAGUUGACAGAUUCACCACUUCGCAGUUUUAGCGAUUUCUGUUCUGGAAUUUGCUUCCGGAGUUUUUAUUAUCUUGAACUAUCAUGGAGAACGAUUUGUUCGUGUAAAAUAUUUGUUUUUGUUAUUUUACUCUCAUUCUCUCUCUCUC